AUGUGGACUUGGCCCUUCUCAGGCAGGAUCCCUCACAGGCGUUCACGGAGUCAGUGCUCACUGGUGGUUUCUGUAGGAGGUUUCAGCAGCGCAGUAGGAAGGAAAGUGGAGAACAGCCCUUUUUCCUUUGGGGUUGUCAGGGACGGGGAUGCACUCAGCACCCUCAGCAGCCCCUGGGGCUGGGGAACCAGCCCGCAUGGACCUGGGAGCAGAGCCCGUACAACCUCUCUCCUGGAACCACAUCCCAGGCGGGCCCACGUGGAGGCCUUGGAGCCACAGGGAAGGCUCCAGGUGGCACCUGGUCCCAACUGGUCUUGA